AGGCGGCAUUACUCUAGAGGGCAGUAUCAGAGAUGGCGGUAAUUCCAAUGGAAGGAAGGGUCAGCCUUCGAUGGUUUUGUCAGGGGGCUGGAACGUUCUUACUCCCGUUUGCUGUAGAUCUUCUAAAGCCAACUGAAAGUGAAGUUAAUAGUUUAUACAUUGAGUACAAAUUAAUGUGCAUACUACUUUAUGUUGCAGUGAAUUAUGUGUUAAUAUUUGUUACACUGAAACGAAAUGCCCAACAGAUUGCUGUGAGAGCCUGUAUGCUAGGUGUUGUAUUUGGCCUCGGUUUGAUUCUAGGCACGCAGUCCACAAUUUUGAGGAUCUUCGGCUGGUACUGGUGUCUCUUGAGCUUCUUCCAUUUCUCGGAGUAUUUCUCAACAUCUAUAUAUAACUUGGACAGUUUAACGCUCGAGUCAUUUCUACUGAGUCAGAGCACAGCGUACUAUGCAGCCGCUUUCGCUAGCUGCUCCGAAUUUAUUAUAGAAAUGUAUUUCUUUCCUGGUUUAAAAACAUACUGGUUUGUAAGUUAUUUUGGGCUACUGCUUAGCAUGGUUGGCGAGGUGAUGAGAAAAGCAGCCAUGUUGACUGCCGGUAAAAGCUUUAACCAUUAUAUUCAAUUUGAGAAAGCAAGCGACCAUCACCUGGUCACCCACGGACUUUAUUCCUGGUCACGGCACCCAGCGUAUGUUGGCUGGUUUUACUGGAGUGUGGGAACACAGAUCAUGCUCUGCAAUCCGUUGUGUACAAUUGGCUUUGCAUACACAUCUUGGAAAUUCUUCAAGGAACGCAUUGAAGAUGAAGAGAUAACAUUAUUGAACUUUUUCGGGGAAGAGUAUCUAGAUUACCAAAAAGCGGUACCGACGCGGCUACCGUUCAUUCAGGGAUAUAAGCUGCAAUACUGAGAACUCCCUAAGCGGUUCUGUGACUUUACACCAGCGACUAAAGUGCGAAUGCACUUUAUUCCAUUUAGAACAAAAAUCUAAAGGGAGGCCUUCCAAAAAAUAUCGCUGCAGUUC